AUGGAUUUGUCAAGAAAACCCACGAAUUCAAAUCCUCAGCGCCUGCCUCCCCCAGCCCUUUUCCAGGGCCCACCAUCACACAAUGCCUCUAAUAUAUCCUUACCCGUACCACCUGCAGCCUCAACGUUAGCAACUGCCUCCGGCACCCAACCCCCACCCCUGCAUCGGAACCGGUCACCUCGCGGAGCCGAGGGCGACAAUCAAGAGAAGUCGAGCUUGUUAUCACCCUUUGUAUCGCGCCGCCAGUCCAAACACGAUGUAGAUGGAUCCGAAGCCAUCUGGCAGGAAAUGCAGAGCGCCCUGUCAGAAGUGGAACUCAGCGCUGUAACGAGCGAUAAUGUCUUUGGCGCAAAGCACUCUGAAGCAUUGGAAGAUCUACGUAUGAAACAGUUGAAGCUCGCUCAAGCCUGGGCGCGCAGUGAGGCAGACGAUGAAGUUGUGGAUCCCGGCUACAGCGGUGCCGAUGAAGCCAGUGGAAAAGGCAGCUCGGCGCGGCGAGGUGUUGAAGAGUCGAAACCCCAGUAUGAUGCAGCGAAGGAAACUAGCGCAGGCCGCGGUUCGGUAUCGCACCGCACGUUGGACGACGAGACUGAGAAAGACAUUCGUCUUGCGCGAAAGCGCCGCGAGGCUAAUGACCGGUACUUUGAUCGGGUUAAUCAGGGCGUUUUGGAUGUCGUUGCUAAACUAGAGGAGGUGGCUCAGGCUAUGCGCACCGUUGAGCGGGAAAGCAAGGAUAUUUGGAGUGAUACGGAGAGUGUCACGACAACUGCGCCGUCAUCAACUCAUACGAGUUGA